AUGAGGGCGGGCAGCGGGGAGAAGCAAAGGCCUGUGCCUAAGACAUAUGUUCGCGCACUGGAAGGUCAGGUCGCAUCCCUUGAAGUCUUCAUUAGAGAGUUAGCAGCUGCAGACUCCGAGCACCGGGAGCAAAUGCUGCUUUGCUUUAUUGCAACCAUAAGUCAAGAAAACCCCAAGUCACCACAAGAAGACGAUGAGGCCGGGCUAGCUCGCCCAAGAGCUGGUCAGCUAAGAAAACUUGCCAGGGGUAAUUCAGCUCAUUUUUACGGCGGGACCAGUCUUUUCAACAUAUACAUAUGUGACAGAGAGACAUCGCCAUGCACCGACUGGUCCAUGAAAACGACAGUUGCCGACGACAUACUCGGCAGCGCUAACGCUGACCAGCUCUCCGAGAUCGCAAGCCCCCAUAACAGCUGUUUCCGGUACGCACCUCACGAUGACAUAUCGCAGCGUCUGAUGGCUUGCUUCUUUAGGGAGCAAUACCCUUACAACAUGUACAUCUAUCGAGAGUACUUUCUUCGCGACUACGAUGUUGGAACUGGUCGCUACUAUUCCGAUUUUCUACUUUUCGCAAUAUGCGCCAUGGGUUCCCUUGCAACUGGCAACCCUGAUGAUCUACAACUUUAUGAUGUGUUUUCUUCCCAAGCGCAACAGCUGCUGUACUCAGCUCUGGACCGACCUGACCUUACUAGCUUGCAAGCUCUACUUCUGCUCGGUCAAUGCGAGAUUGGACGUGGCCGCGCUUCGAAAGGUUGGCUGUUCUGUGGUAUGGCAUUUCGCUUAGCCCACGAGAUGGGUCUACACUUGGACCCGAACAACUGGAACGGAACCUCAGAACCAGAUGUUGAUCGAGAGAUUUUGCGCCGUGCCUACUGGGCCGCCUUCAUCGUUGAUAAGCAAUUGAGUCUCUACUUUGGGCGCCCGCCAGCUCUGUAUUUGUAUGAAUCAGAUGUUCGGAAUACUGUUAGACUACCAUACCCGCCUGAUUGGGAAGGACUUCUCGACACAUAUAUCGCGCCCGGUUUGUCCGUCACGGCGUUCGAAGAUGGGAUUGCUCUGGUUGGGGCUUUGAUACAUCAAGCUGAGCUGUCAAAGAUUCAACAUAGUAUCAUUACCGAACUCUUCGAAAAUCGUCGGUCGAGAACACACAAUGCCAACACCGCUGCAACAGUUCAAAAGCUUCACGUUUCCUUGACAAAGUGGCUGGCAAGCCUACCCGGGAAGCUUUACUGGAAUCAGUGGACAGUUGGGCAAGUCCCAGCAUGUGUCCUUCAUCUACACAUGCGUUUUCAUACUGCAAUGGUAAUUCUCCAUCGACCGCCGCGCCACCUUUUGUCGCAGCCAGAUGUUGCAUCCAGUGAAGAUGUGGAGAUAUGCUAUGAGUCGCUACAGGCCAUUCUACGUUUACUCAGGAGCUACAAUCGGUUUUAUCGCUACGACUGCCUCCCGAUUGAUUUCGUUCACACUCUUGCUACCGCGGCAGGAACCAUCAUGAUGAGACACCAUCUAGAAAGAACGCCUUGGGAUGAGACACAGACUUCUCAAGCACUGACACGCAUUCUCGAAGCCAUGACUGCUGUCCAGAAUGUAUGGCCGUGCGUAGGUGAGAUUAAAGACAGCAUUAUUCAAGCUAGCCGGAGAGAGGAAGGGGGCAUCCCCGGGGCCGAUGCACUUGCAGACUUUACUCUGAUGACCGGGCUUUCCGGCUCAGUUACGGGAAGUGAUGUAGAUAAGUUGUUACUUUCAGAAGGCGGUAUCUUUGAUACUGAUGCCGGUUUGCUGGUAACCGAUGAUUUUCUCGGUGGUACGUUCCCGUGGAUCGCGGGUGGAUAA